AUACGCUUCCAGUCCAGCGCAUGCGCAGUAUUUGUCCGUUUCCUGUGUAUUUCAAAUGCAUAUAAUAACAGAAUAAAGAAGGUACAUCUUCUUUAUGCAAACUUAAACGAUAAAUGGCAUCUAAUACCCAUUGAAAAUACUUUGGGUUGAAAUCAGUUGAUUUCAAAGCUGCAUCUUGAUGAGUGAACGAUUGUUACAGUACAGGUGCUCGCAGCUCACAGAAUUCAGGUGAAAGCUAGGUUUCCACAUCAUUACCAAAGGUCAUUAUGGACAAUCAAGCUGACAUGGAAAUAGAUCGAGAUGACUAUUCUAAAAGAAAAGCUAAGAAUAACGUAAAGAGUAAACGUCCAGCGAAAUUCUCACCUCUAAUGGAAAGAAAAGCGGCGAAAACAUACAUACGUCCUAAAGAUGCGUGUAUAUUUGAUGGUCGCUUGCUUAAACUUGCAGACGAAGACAUCGAAGAAUUAGAGAGAAAUAACACAAUCGAGGUCGGCGAAGGUUCAUUUGGAAAAGUAUUUAAAAGUUCAAAGCUGUCCGAGGGUUUUGGAAUCGACGUUGUUGUUAAAAAGAUACCAUGGAAGAAGGGUUUUAACCAUACAUCAAUCCGAAGGGAAAUGAUAACAUCUAAGGUUGUACAUCCAUUCAUAUUGCCUUUAUUAUCUGUUGUUGAUAAACCGGUAGGAAAAAAGGAUAGAAAAUCAAAAGAAGAAGUGUGGUUUGUCUCGCCAUAUUUCAGCAACGGUGAUCUUAGGACAGCAAUUCAAACGAAAGGAAAAGAUUUAAAUGCAAUGACAAGAGUGAGAAUCCUCCUACAAAUUGCAUUGGCUUUGAAGUACAUUCACACUGGUGUACCAGACGUGAGGGAUGUUAUUUUACACAAAGAUAUAUCAUCUCAAAACAUUGUUUUGGACAAUGAAUAUAAUGCUCGCCUCAUUGACUUUGGAUUGGCAAGGGAAAAAAGUGACGUUUCAGGGACAAGAAGCGAAAGAUUGGCAUAUUCCCACCCUAAUGUUGGAAAAGGGGAAAAAUCGACAGAGUUCGUGGAUUAUUACAGCUUUGCUGUCAUUAUUAGGGAGAUGUUGACUAGCCUCGGACCAUCGGGAAUCAAUAACUUAUACUUGAAGCAUAUGUCAGAAGAACAAGUCUCUAAAAACGUAGAUCAAAGAAUAUGGGGAAAUGAUUCACUUAUUGAUCAUGGUCCACUUAUUAAUAAACUGAACGCCAUCGCAUGUAAAUGCCUGGAUGUUGAAAAAGCAAACAAAUGGAAUGUAAGAGAAUUCGAUAAACAAGUUGUUGGCCCUUUAAAGACAUUUUGGAAGGACUUUAAUGGAGCGAACAUUUUACAGGUUCCGGAAAAUUAUCCAAAUUGUCAUCUAUGCCUCAUAAAUCCAGCAGCAAGAGAAUCUUCAAUGACACAGUCACAUCUACCCAACUGUACAAUGAAAAUACAAGCAUGCAUAGCCUGUGAAAAGAACAGUUUUUUGAACCCAAUAGCAUGCUACUGUGGCAAAGAAUUAACUCCCGUUAUAGGACAUCGAUGGGGGGCAUUGUUAGUAGCUGGAAUCGAUAGAAAAACCAAUGUUGCUCCACUUGAAAAUGACAUCAAAGAAAUAGAAAAACUUAUAUCAUCGAAGGCACCACGAAUCAUUGGAAUAAGCGAGGAUAAUAUCAGUACAGUAACACCUAAUAAGCAAGAGGACAAUGAAAAGUUGUGGCCAAAGGUCAAAGAACACAUCGUGAGUUUUAGCGAACGCUCGGACAUCGAUACCUUGCUCAUCUAUUUCUCUUGCCACGGUGAGAAAGAAAACCAUCGUUUCGUACUUGGCAGUGACAGUGAUUCAGAUAGCUUUACUGUAGACGAAUUCAAAAUAGAAUUGGAGCGUUUGAAAAACAUUAAAAUGCUGUACAUAUUCUUAGACAGAUGCUUUCCACCAACAUUAGCUUUUACUAACGAUCAGAGAAAAUAUAUUCAAAUUAAUGCUUGUGGAUCAAACGAGGAGGCUGACUUUACAAAGAAUGGCAGUGUAUUUACGAAACACUUCAUCGAUGGAUUGAAAGCGAGGUCGGAGGGAAUGAAAUGUAACAUACAUUGUACGGCUUGUAUGGACUUUUGGAGACAGAAUACAGACUUUAUCACAGUUUCAAGUCUGUUCGAGUAUAUCAAAAAACACAUGAAACGUACUAAGGGAACGCCAACGAUCUCUCUUAAUGAUCAUACAAACAUUGCCUUUCACACUGAUGAAGAAGUAAAAAUUGAUUUUACGGAGUGUGAAACAAAAACAGAACACGUUAUACCACUCUCCUACAUAAAGGAUAUAGAGGAGUUAGAACAAAUGCUUUUACAAGAAUUCAACCGAGAUGAAACCACUAAAACUAAAGUCUUUAUUAAACGACGUACGUACAGAAAAGAAAACGAACUUGAGGAUUGUGAAACUCUUGAAAAAGUUAUGAGGGCUUGGGUCCUUAGACAACCUUUGGAAGUAGUAUUUAAGUCAGCGACAGAUAUAGAAGAAAUGGAGAUGAAUUAAUGUCCAGGGUCCGAUACUUAAAACAUUCUCAAAGCUCAAACUCAAAUCUCAGGUACUUGAUUUGUCAGACAACGGUACGGAAUUAACACUGAUCAAUCCGGAGAUAUGGAGUAAACGGAGAUAAAUGAAUAACCAGGAGUAGGAAACUGUGGCUAUUUGACUAUCUAGAUUAACAAAAUAUGAAAAGACUCACUACGUAAGUGAUCGUUUGCUGAAUUAACUAAGUGCGUCAUCUGAUAAUUAAAAUAGUGCGGUAUCUGUUAUUCUGCGAAACUACUUCUACCGUCACAAAAUAUUGUUUCAAAUGACAUGUAAGCAUAAUUUGCAUUCAACAGAAAAGUACUUGUAAAGAAUGGGGUAAUAUAUAGUCGUUAGGUCAGUACAUUUAUAUCAAUGUCCGUCUUAUCCAGCGGUGCUCAAGUGAACAAAACAAACAUUUAGACAGGAAAUCGCAGUAAAAAUAUUUCAAUCAAAUUAUUUAACGGAUUAUAAACUUUUGAACAGAAUAAACUACUUGUCAAACACCAAUAUAAAGGAAACGCCGUCCAAAAACAUCAAUGUGAUUAACCUAUAUGAACAAAGCAAAAUAUGUGUACCAAUCAGAAUGAAAUUCCUUGAAAUAUAGAACGGUGUUUUAUUUUUAAAAGAUGUUUUUUUAUAUAAAGAAAGUAUGAAAGUA